AUGUCUGAUAACUCCAUCGUCUCCUUUGAGACCCUCAUCUACGUAGGGCUAUCCAUUACAAAAGUCGAGGAGUUAUGGAACCGAUGGACACACUGGGAAAGGGGAGAAUACGACCCACGCCGAGAGACUGAUCCAGAUGAUGGCGGUUUAACAGUCAUGUUUGACGACUUCAUUGUUGGCUGGUCAGUUACGAAUAGAGUAGAUGCUGUGGGGGACAAUGACGACGAAUGGCGGGACUGCCUAGAUGCAUGUGGCAUCAAUAUGCCUACACAAGAUGCCAUUAUGGAUCCCAACUUCGCCCAUAUCCGGCGUUCAAACUCCUGCCUGUACUGGGCCAAGGAAACUAUUGAAAUGCGAUACAGAGGGCUCUCAGAAACCCAGCCAUCUACCUCUAACUCUCAGCAACCAACCACACCAGAGACCGACUUCAACAACCAGCCCCCCCUUAAUAAGCCCGGAUACACCACCCUUUUCAAAUCCAUAGACCGCGGCCAAAUCACAAGACUCCUUGACCAAAACGGCAAAUUAGAUAGAACCGGGGCCAUCCUAACCCCAGCCCCCUCAGAUUUCAGCGGCACCAGAUCCCUCUACUACUUCACCCCCGACCACAACCUCGCGCGCCACCAAGCCGCAUACGCUAAACGCCGUGCCCCCCGCGAAUCCAUCGCCAUCAUCUCCCUCCUUAUCCCAAACACCGCGAUCGAAACCCUCCCUUCCCCAGAUUUACAGAUCGUAUCCUGGCCCAGCAACGAGUGGAAGGAACUUCUCUGGCACAGCCGCAACCAGAAAUUCCUCCCACCCCAUCUGAGGAAGUACCGUGAUGCAACCCUUGUGAUAGGGACGGCGGCGUAUGGGGCAGGCGCCGUUUACCAGGGGAUGAGGACGUGGGAGGAGGUUGGAAAGGAGAACGUAUUUUGCGUGGGGAAGCGGGGAAAGGGGGAGGGGGCUGUUCAGUAUGUUUUUUCUGCGGAGAGGGAGGGGUAUGAUUUUCUCACCGAGCAUGCAGAGGAUGUCAAGGUGAUUCCAUUUACAGCGGGGGCGCUAGAGGAGUUUCUCGCGGAUCCUGCGGGGUAG